AUGGCUUUCCUGAUGGCGAUGUUCCUUACUCUUCCAGCUUUGCAUGCGGCUGUGGAUGGAGAUGCUCGGUGCCUGUGCAAAAACAACCAUACCGAAAAGGACAUUGAGAAACAUGGACUCAUAUACGAAAGCAAUCAGACUGGUGAGACAAGGGACUAUAGCACCUUCGGGAUCGGAUGUAAGAGCCACAAAAGAGAUGCGGAGUUUGCCCAAAGGAUUUACAAGCACUGGUCGGCUGAGCAGUUGCACUGCUCUGAAGAGGGCAAUGGUCCCAGUGGCACGAAUGACCCUUGGUGUAGCGCCAACUGGUGCUACAUUGAGAACGCCAGGAAUUGUAGUCUGGAUUGGCAACAUGGACAUUUGGGGCCAGUGUCUUAUGCCACCUGUGGCAACGUGCAUGAUGGCUGGCCAGACUAUCUCGUCAGGUCAAUGGCGCCCCGUCUCCAAGGAGACCCUCUUCGGGUGCUUCACCUGGAGAGUUCAUUGGACAAGGACUAUAUGGGAAAUAGUCAAUGCGACGACUCCAACGGUGUGCACUGCGAAGGUUUGUUCUUCAGGUUUUGGAAGGCCUCCCUCUCAGUGCUGGAGCAGCUUAAUGUUUCAGUGAUAUCGACACUCAUCAAGAAACAUGAGAGCAUUGAUGACUAUUUCGACAACAUCAGACGUGCCUUUGAUCAGCGCGUGGAGUCUUGGGAGAAUUUGACUGGCUUCAGGGAAAAGAAGUGGACCAACUACGACAUUUGUGCCUUUGCCACGGCGCUUGGCUGGGUAGAUUUGUGCUCCGGGCAGUUUGCGUUGAACCGCGAGCGGCAGGAGCUCACUUUUAUGGUCGAACUCCACACCACCCCAGCUUUCAUCAUCUCUCAAAGUUCUUGUCAUUUCGCCGAAUUCUGGUGGUGGAUCAAGGUUUUCAGGGCAGACACUUGGUGGUUCAUUCUCGGCACCUUCUUCAUUUUGAUCCUGUCGAUCACCACGCUCAAUGGAAAAUUUGCCGCCUUGGCGACACCGGGCGACCUCACAGCAGAGGCUCGUGCUUCUUUGGCCCGGAAUCUUUGCCUUGUCUGCGAAGGCCUCUUUGAAGCGUUCGUUGAAGGGUCCACAGAGAAGACCGAUCACGACAGCCAAGAUGAAGAUGGGAAGCUCUGGCUCUCCUGUGCACGAAAAGUUGCUGUGAUGGGCCUGAAGGUCUUUAUUCUCGUGACUACUACCAUCUAUUGUGCAACCCUCACCACAGACCUGGUUGUAGAAAGACAACGGCAGGGCAAGUUCCCAACCUUGGAAGCGGUGAAAGCGAGCACAGACAAUGUCACUAUAUGCCUCCACGAAGUCUAUCGAACAUCAAUGCUUCCGCAUGAACGUGCGCAUAUUAAUACCAGCUACUACUGGAGCUGGGAGGAACUCAUGGGAAACUACACCAAUCGCGUGUGUGAUGCUGCGAUUAUUGACGAGGAAGCUUGGACAUCAUUUCGUGCUCAUCGUCGGCUUUGUGACUCCUACAAGCCAGACAUGCCCACCUUCUACAUGUCUACAGGAGUGACUGUCUCCAGACGAGCUUACCGGACCUUGGAAGCUUUCCGCUACAACACAACUGCGGCAGCCUUUGAACUUGACUCGCCCGACAACCAUGCCUUGCGCGACGAGUUCCUUGAUGGUUGCCCUCCGAACUCACCAGCUCAAUUGUGUGAAACCAAGGAAGUACCCUGGGAGCCUUUCCAGAGCGUUGCUCUGGUCGGCAUGGUCCCAGUUGUUGUGGGCAUUCUCGUUGUCGGUGUGAAGCGCGGAAAAGAGGCAGACGACAAGGCUGCUUUGUUCCCAUGCUUACUUCAGAGACUCAAUGACUGCAGCAGUUGGGUGCAAUCGCAACAAGAGCAGCCAGAGGACCCCAGCCUCCGAAACGAAAACCAACAGCCUCAAGCGUUGGACAGAGCCCCGCUGGGCCAUCGCUUUCACCUUGACUUCGGGUCUGAAGUGCUCGAUGCUCCGUCGCCUCGACCCUUCGGUCUCCGAGGCACGGCCAACAUCGGUGGGAAUUCGACGGCGACUAAGCGAACUGCACAGGCCGCUGGGCAUGGAAGCAGCCGUGGCCGUAGCCGCCGGGGCUUCGGGCUGGGCCUGAAUGGAGGCAGAGGCAAAGGUUCGUCGACGGAGGUUGAGGUCGGAUCUUUGCGAGGGAUUCUGCUUCUGGUAGGCGGUGGAGGUUAUGCCCGUUUGUCGCUCGACUGCAGAGCAGCUAGAGAGUCCCACGGGCUCGGGCUCGUCAGUGCGGAGACGGCGUCCGCGGGAAUCCUGCGCUGGCACCUGGGCUCGCAGGAGGAAUCCGCGGGGCCUAGGUGCAUCAAGAGCCAGCAAGGCGACGAUUGGUUGAUCAUCGGCAUCAUCCCUGCAGAGAAAGCGGAAGAGGCGCCUCGGAUGACGGGUUCCUACGGCAUCAAGUCCAAAGAAGCGUACACGGACGUUCGCCAUCCCGUCGCUUGCAGGUACAUCGAGGUGAUCGCGGACCUGGACGCUCGAGUGGCCAAGGAUGCAUUGUGGCAGCUGCCUGACUGCAACAUCGAGGUCCUGGAGGAGGAUGCUUGGAGACUGCGAUUCCUAGAGGAGUUUCAUGGGCAGCGCCCUGUGCUUCUGCGUGGCUGGAGCUCGGAGGCUACACAGAAGCUGGCAGAGCGGCUGGAGAAUGAGACCAUGCUGUCAGAAUUCGGGAAGAUGGAGGUGCGCGUGGGCCGUGGCUUCUUCUUCCAUGUGCAGGGGCAGGCUGAAGAAAGUCUUCCGCUGGAAGAUUUCGUUCGGAGCAUGCCCAAUGACAACUACUUGUUCGACUUCGGUGAGUUCAUGGAGCAAAGCGGUUUGUCUGCCAACUGGAGCCUUCCUCCUGUCCUGGAGCAGCUCGGAACUUACGACACCUCCUCUGUACCCCUUCGGCUGGCGUUGGGCAGCACAGGACUCCUACCACUUGCAGCUGCAGGGACGGAAGCGAUGGGGAAUCUAUGCGCCAGGGAAGAUGACAAGAACUGGAGAGGCAGAGGCUUCGUCCCACCGCAGUGGGAAUGCGUUUCAGAGCCCGGUGACCUGCUCUACGUCCCAGAAGGAUUCCAGCACGCCACUGCAAGCCUGGGCUACUCCGUGGCCGUGGUGCAGCAAGCGCGCCGCGCCCUGCCUUGGUCGGCCGUCUUCCACCGACACGCUGCCGUGCAGGCGAGCCGGGAGAAGCAGCAGAAGCAGGCGGUGAAGCUAGCAAAGAAGGCCGCAAAGCUUGACCCCACGAACUCGGAUUUGUGGCUGACCCUGGCUCAGAUACACCAAGGGCCAGACUCGGACUCCGCCGCCAAGAUGGUGAAGUAUUGCGAGAAAGGCCUCAAGGCCAACCCUCUCUGCGGGAAGACCCGGCUUCAUCUGCUCAUGGCUUACAACUCCCUCGGCCUUGCCCACAAGACCCAGGAGCUCAGGAAAAAAAUUGCCCACCUGAAAUUUGAAAGCAAAAGCAAGCUGAAGCCCAAGGCUCUUCGGGAGCCCGAAACCCCUAAGAGAUUGAAGUCUCACUCUCUAAAUCCCGAGAAUGCAACCCCUUAA